AUGUUAUAUCCAACGCUUCCACCCAAUGCGUAUGCACCACAUAAUACCUAUGGUAAUCCACAGAUAUAUCCAACACUUCCUCCAACGGAUAAUCGACUGUAUUCACCGGCUACAACAGAUUCACAAACGGAUAACCGCAACUAUUCGCGAACAGUAUAUAGUCGUGAUCAAGUUGCCGAAUUAGAGUCCGAAUAUAGAGGUUGCAAGUUUGCCAAAGGUGCGCGUAGAAGGCAAAUCGCGGAACGCAUAGGAGUGGAUGAAUUAAAAGUAAAAGUGUGGUUCAAAAAUCGACGAGCCAAAGAUAAGAAACGUUGCUCCAUCGCUCCUUCCAAUUCCGAGGAAAACGGGCUAUCUGGAACAGAAGAAAUAUUGGAAGAAGCAUCAUCAACUAGCCAAGAUUCAUUGAAAAGAGUGAGCUGUGACGACAUAGAUGACCUUCUGCAAGUAGUUGAGGACUGUGUUCGGGAAGAAAGAGAACUACUACCACCGCCUUUAAAGAAGCCUAAAGUUGAAACAUUGGAGCACCUUAUAUUAAAUCCAACUACAAAUUAUUGGGUUCUUUACGAUUCUUUAUGUUCGAAUGGUAAAUUAAAUAAAAAUGUACAAUAA